UUCUUUAACCUCAAGUCAGUGAAUAAAAGUCGAAGGCGGUGGGAGGCGCCGCCUUCGGAGGAGAGAAGAAGCGGUCGGGGGAGCCGCACCGCCUCUUCCCUCCUCUUUCUCCCUCGUCCUUGCACGCCGUCGCCUGAUCCAGUUCUUGGAAGUCGAUCCCCGAUCCGAGUCCUGGGAAAUCGGGGCCGUCGUCUCGAGAUUUGAUCGGAGAUGGAGAGUCGCACUCUAAGACUGGGUGGUAUCGGGCAGCUGUUCCCGGAGUUCUUGCCUGAUGCAAGAGUUCCAAGAGUCGAAGUUAUCUGUCCUCAGCCUCGUCGCGCCCCGAAAGCAACCUCCUCUGUGUUAGACUGGGUUGGGGAUUUUGGUUCCAAGGCAAAGGGCAUUUUGCCUGCACUUCAAGGGGAUCACAGGCUCAAUAUUUUGGAUACUCUACUUGGCAAGGAUGAAUCCGAGGAGGGCUUGGAUUCAAGCAAGCAACCAGGUUUCUUCUGUGGCUCACCUCCUGUCCGAACAAACAACCCGGUAGUCUGGGAUGCUCUCUUUGUUGAAGAAAACCUAUCGUUUAUUUCUUCUCCAGACGACAUAUAUGAUGAAACAAGGACUCCGAGUCGGGGAGAAAGAAACUCCCAUUCAUGUGGCUCUUCAUUUGUAGCAAAACUCGAUUCCAGAACCGAACAAUUCGCUCGGGGAGAUCCACAAGACCGCCGUCGUGUGGUAUCUGCCCUGUCCUGAUUUAACUGCUGCUGUCGAAAAUUUUCCUUCCUUUGUACAUGCGCCAUGCUUUAGAAUUGAUGUGUACACAGCUCUUGCAUCUGGGGUUUGGUCUGCUUCAGUCUAAUAGAGAUUGUUGAAGAGGUUGUAAAAAAGUGCUAGUAGUUGUUUAUGUGUAAUCUAAUAUAAUAUAUAUCUUCAUGACUGA